AAUUUCCAUUCCAUCUCUGCUGCUUCUUUUACUCACCCAGCCUUCCAAAUGGCGUCUCUUGCUAAACUCUUGUUCGUCACCCUUUUGGCGUCGUCGCUGUUAGCAUCCCCCGGCAGCGCCCAACUCUCACCCACCUUCUACUCAACUUCCUGCCCCAACCUCCUCACCAUAGUCCGCAAUGCAAUGACUCAAGCCGUCAACAACGAAGCCCGCAUGGCCGCUUCCAUCCUCCGCCUCUUCUUCCACGACUGCUUCGUCAACGAGCGCAUGCAGGGCUGCGACGCUUCGAUACUGCUCGACGACACCGCCACCUUCACCGGUGAGAAGAACGCGGGACCCAACCGCAACUCCGCCCGAGGUUACGAGGUCAUCGACGCCAUCAAGACCAGGGUCGAGGCCGCCUGCAACGCCACCGUUUCUUGCGCUGACAUCCUCGCUCUCGCCGCCAGAGAUGGAGUCGUCUUGGUGGGCGGGCAAUCGUGGACGGUGCCACUGGGCCGGCGGGACGCCCGGACGGCGAGCCAGAGCGCGGCGAACGCCCAGAUACCGGCGCCGACGUCCAGCCUGGCCACGCUGGUGACCAUGUUCUCCAACAAAGGUUUGAACGCGCGCGACCUGACCGCUCUCUCCGGGGCCCACACCAUCGGGCAGGCGAGGUGCGUCACCUUCCGCGGCCGCAUCUACAACGACACCAACAUCGACCCCGCCUUCGCCACCACCCGGAGGGCCAACUGCCCGGCCACCGGCGGCGACGCCAACCUCGCCCCCAUGGACACCACCCCGGCCCGCUUCGACAACGACUACUACAGGGGCCUGGUGGCCCGCCGCGGCCUCUUCCACUCCGACCAGGAGCUCUUCAACGGCGGAUCCCAGGACGCCGCCGUCAGGGGCUACAGCAACAACGCCGCUUCUUUCCUCGGGGAUUUCGCGGCGGCUAUGGUCAGGAUGGGGAACAUCAGCCCGCUGACCGGGACUAAUGGAGAGGUCAGGAGGAACUGCAGGAGGAUUAAUUAACUAAUAAUUAAUCCAAGACGCAUGAUUUAAGGAUUAAAAUCCACUACUUCAUGGAGGGAAACUUGGUUGUUAGUAAUAAUAUCCUACGUGUUUUAUGAGUGAAGGGGUGGUAAUUAGUAGUUUCUGUUUUUCAAUAAUUUGAGAUCUAGUUGGAAUUUUGGAGAUCUCUACGCUGAGUAAGAAGAAGUGGAGGUUCUCGUGAUUUUUAAGACCAUAUGUGAACACAUGCAUAAUUACGAUGAGCGUGUAUCUGUACCCACCAAAUUUCAGUUAUAUGAAAUGUAAUAUUAUUCGAGCACA